AUGACUGUGCCCAAUGAGGUCUCUUCGAAAAGAGCAGAAAUGAAGUUUUCAAUGUGGCUUCUCCCUGUUGUGAUGGUGGUACAUUCUAAGUCAGCUUCAUAUACCAGCCUGUGCGGGAAAGGCUGUACCUGCCUGGGGGAGUUCAGGUUUGUGAACUGCUCCGAUGCCCUCUUCGGCCAUCUCCCCAGGAACGUGCCCCCUUUCGCCGAACACCUGGACCUGUCCCUCAACCAGCUGGGUCACAUCCCCGCCGGCUACUUCCACCCCCUCCGCAGGAUCAGGGUGCUCCUCCUGAACGGCAACAACAUCAGCGCUCUUGCUGAUGGCACCUUCUACUCCCUGCAGAGCCUCCAGAGGCUGGACCUGAGCCGCAACAGGAUCUCCAUCCUGAGUGCUGGCUUUUCUCUGGGCCUAGGCUCCCUGAAGGAGCUGCUGCUGGGGCAGAACCGGCUCACGGGCUUGGAAAGCGGAAGCUUCCUCUACCUGGAUGGCCUGAGGAGGCUCGACCUGAGCGCCAACGCCAUCCGAACCAUCCACGUGCGCGCCUUCGGCGGAAUGACAGCCCUGCGCAGGCUGCACCUGCAGGACAACCGGCUCGAGUUCCUGGGCGGUGGCAUUUUCUCCACACUGCGCUCACUGGAGGUGCUCGACCUGCGGGGAAACCUCAUCGACGCUACCGAGGGAGGGGUCUUCACGCCCCUCGCUAGCCUGGCCACGCUAGACCUAGCCCACAACCGCCUCAGCUCCAUCCGCUUCAGGACCCUGUUGAGCAUCCCCAGCUACAGCACCCACAUCCUGCUGGGAGGAAACCGAUGGCACUGCGACUGCGACCUGCAGAGGGUGUUUCGCAAGCUGCGCAGCGUACAGAGGCUCUUCCUGGACGACUACGCCACCCUGAGCUGCGCAGAGCCUCCCGAGCUGCAGGGCUACCGGCUCGAGGAGGUCGACUCACAGCUCUGCGUCGCGGAGACGGUCACCGUGCUCAUCAUCACUGUCACCGUGGUAAUCACCGUGGUGGCUGCCGUCGUCAUGGCGGAGAAGAACAGGAAGAAGCGAACGGGCGUGCACUGGAGCGAGGAAAGCGACACCCCCUAUGAUCCCCAGGGCUAG